CCGGCUGUAGUGAGCCAUUCUGAAACCCCAACGCUCUCCAUCUGUGAUGCGAACCCGUUAGGUCCGUUAACAGCGGGUGUACUUGUGAGAAUUAAGCUUAUUGUUUACGUUAAGGUUUCACAUGCAACGUCUAAACAGGAGUUCUAUUUGCAAGACAUUCUUCAGCGGAAUCAUGAGUGUCAGGCUAGUGGAUUUAAGGCUGUUGUUUCCAACCAUGGUUGUGAUAGGCGUGAAUAUUAUUAUGCUGAAACUUCCCCAAAUUAAAUUUUUUCAGUGGCAUGAAUAUAGCUCCAAGGAGAGCGAAUCUUUGUGGAUCCAGCUGAUUGUGACCUUUUCCAGAUUUUCCAUCAUAAUCACUACUUUUCCAUUCGCUGUGUUGAACUUCGCCGGCCUUGUAACUUUGUGUUUCUUCCCCACACGACAUACCAAGCCUAAGUAUUCACCUCUUCUGGCCCCGUUCAUAUGCUUCCGCGUUGUCACGCGGGGACUUUUUCCUGAACUUGUUCAGCAAAAUGUUGAAAAGAACAGAGAGACUUGCUUAAAAAGUGGAUUAGCGAAGUUUAUGUUUGAAGUCGUUACUGACAGGCCAAUAUACCUCCUUGAGAAUAAAUUCACACUUGAACAGGUAGUCCCGCCCUACUACCAGACUCCAAAUAAUAGCUUGUUCAAGGCGCGAGCGCUUCACUAUUGCAACGAGCAAGAAAUAAACCAACUGGGUCCCAACGACUGGAUAGUUCACCUGGACGAAGAAACUGUCCUUACAGAGGACUCCGUAAUAGGUAUCUUAAACUUUGUGUCAAGCGGUGACGCCGACUUUGGACAAGGGGCGAUAACCUACGCUAGCGGUCAUAUGGUCAACUGGGUGACGACAUUGAUUGACGGCUUCAGAGUAGGUAUCGAUUACUGUUAUCUGCGAUUCUCCCUGAAUGUAUUACGGCGCCCUAUUUUCAGCUGGAAAGGGUCCUACAUGGUGGCCAGAGCAGGAGCAGAGCAUGAUGUUUCCUUCGAUAACGGUGUGGAAGGUUCAAUCGCCGAAGACUGUUUCUUCGGUGCCGUUGCUUGUUCAAAGGGAUACCGGUUCGGUUUUAUCGAAGGUGAAAUGUUGGAAGAAAGCACUUACACUUUCGCCGAUUUCAUCCGCCAGAGAAAACGAUGGAACAAAGGAAUUUACCUGACAGCGCGCAGCCCAAAUAUCCCCAUUCGCCAUAAAAUAGGAAUAUUGUUGAUGUCUUUUGCAGCCCUUUUCCUCCCAUUCAUAACGUUCGGAGUUGUCUUGAACACGUCCUCAAAUGUGCCCAGUCUACAGAUCACGGAGCUAAUACUGAGGUUUGUACGUGUUUUCUAUAUUUACCUCUUUGUUUUUGGGAAUUACAAUAACUUGAGUAGAAGCAGAUUUCACCUUGUGCACAGGGUGUGUAUUUCUAUCCUGUCUAUACUGGUUAUACCGGUCUGUGCUGUGUUGGAGUGCAUUGCGUCUCUCUGUAAUACACUGACGUUAAAUGAUAUAGACUUCUACAUCGUCCAGAAGAGCCCUAAGCUUUGUUUGAAGGACAGUGGAGCAUUUGUUUGAGUAUACGUAAAUUAGGAAAUGUGACAGACACUGAUAUAUUUAAUAUUGACUUAUUCAAGGAAAACACAGCCCUGACUUUUCGCCAAGCAGAAUUGUAACCGUGUUAUUUUUUUGUCCUCAAACAGUUUUGUAACUGUAACUGUCUGAGAAUGACGUUGUGCCUUUAACGAAUUGUCAUCGCCAGCCUACACAUACACGGUGCAAAAAGUUACCCUAUUCUAACGAUGAGACUAACGAUGUGAAGGCGGAAUUUAUAUCAGUAUAGUAGAGUAUUUCACAUUAUUUACUACAGCUGCAAGAUUAAAGUGAGAUGGGGUAUCAUGCUUGCAAUGGGCACCCUGUAUCUCGUGUCGGUAUAAGUCUGCUUACAAGAUGACGUGAACGAUAUGAUCACCGAUGUAAGUGUUCUAAUCAGACAAUACUGGGUUAUCCAGGCCGACAACUCUAAAGUAUAUAUGUUUUAUAUCUUAUAUUAUAUUUUUAUCAUUACUGGUAUUUAUAAACAUUCCAAACUCAUGGAAUACAAUCAUUUUCUAUUGUGGUCUAUGUGUGGCUAAAUAAUAAACUAUAUGAUGUGUUAUUAACAAUAUCGCGAGUCAAAUAAAUAUAUUUCCUGUGUGUCCU